AUGGCGAUCCCGGUGAUUGAUUUCUCGAAGCUCAAUGGAGAGGAGAGGGCAAAGACUCUAGCUCAGAUAGCUAAAGGAUGUGAAGAAUGGGGAUUCUUUCAGCUCCUGAACCAUGGCAUUUCAGAGGAACUCCUCCAGAGGGUGAAGAAGGUUUGCUCCGACUGUUAUAAGCUAGAGAGAGAAGAAGGUUUCAAGAACUCUACGCCAAUUAAGUUGCUGAGUGAACUGGUGGAAAGGAAGAGCGAUGACAAAUUGGAGAAUUUGGACUGGGAAGACGUGUUCCUUCUCUCAGAUGAUAACGAUUGGUCAUCAAAGACACCAGGAUUCAAUACGUGUGUGCAGGAGCUGGGGAUUUUGAAAAACAACGAUGACGAGUAUGAGACCGGCUUCUUCGUCCUCAACGCACCACCUGCUCUUGUUGCCUAUGAAUGA